ACUCCCCUUUUUGUUUUGACUUAUGUAAAACAAAAAUAUUUUCAAGUGGUGGUGUGUUUUGGAGAUUAUACACAUUCUACCGUUAAAGGAGUUGAAUUUCAAAGCAUGGCUUAUCGCAAUAGGCCAACAAAGUCGAGUUCAAAACCUCUGAGGAUUUCCGAUGGAGCCAGUCCCUUUUCACUCGGGAUACAAAUGUUGGCGGUCAGACGACCAAGAACAGCCCAGUUUGAAGUCAAAGCCACACCAAGGUCUGUAAAGGAACCGAAGAAACCGGUGCCAUUGCCUGCUUGUCGGCCAAACUCAGGCAUAAUGAACAACCGCGAAAAUACCAGACGCCAUAACAAACCACUGCCACAGAUAGACGUGGUAGAUUAUGAAGACGACGAUGACGAAGAAGAUGAUAAUGAGGAUGACGAAGAAGAGGAGGAAAUCGUCCUACUGGACUGUACAAACAACCGACCCGUCACUGCCCCGGUGUGUGUAGCGGGUGGCUGGACCAGAGGGCUGAUGUGUCCCUCCUCCCACAGAGACGAGUUUGAGAUACCGAACCUUGAGGAUCUAAGGCUUGAGAUUCCAGAUACUAUCAGCAAAGCUUGGGAAGACAUUGCAGAGGAAAACGAGGAGAUCAGAAUUAUUCUCAUUGGAAAAAGAAAUUCCGGAAAAACUGCAACCGCUAACACUAUUUUAGGAUAUUCAGCUUUUGACAACUCCCACGAUUCCCAUGCAAAAUCCUGUCGGUACGGGACGUGUCAACGUUUUGACAGACGAUUGGUUGUUGUUGACACCCCGGAUGUGUGUAACCAUGACAACCGGACCGAGCUUCUGAAAGCCAUUUCCCUGACCUCCCCUGGACCUCACGUAUUCAUAUUUGUGGUAGGAAUUGGAAAUAUAAACCAGAACGACGAAGAAACAUAUUCGAAUUUAAUUAAAAUGUUUGGAUAUGAGGUUUCCCAUCAUAUGAUUAUAUUGUUUACCAGAAAAGACGAUUUGGUAUUUGAAGGAAUGACCAUAUUUGGUUACGUUAACGAAGUCCCCGAGCAAAUUAAAAACGCGCUGACUGCUUGUAAUCGAAGAUAUGUUGCGUUCGACAACCAUUGCACAGGACGAGAGUCCGAGGUCCAAGUUAGGAAACUUCUUGAUGUGAUUGAUAACAUUCUGAUUCUAAACCGGAGACACUUUACAAACCAAGUCUUUGUACAGAUUGAAAAUCAAUUGAAAAUACGAUCCGAUUGCAUAGUGAAAGCAUGCCAGGAAAAAUAUAUUGAGAGAGUGAGAAACCUAAAGAAUGAAGCAAUAAACCAAGAGGGUGGCACAAGAAGGUCGUUGGAUGAUGAAAGCAAUGACAAAGUAGACAGAUUUUAUAUAUUUUUGGAUUCUACAGAUAACAAAUUUCCUGAUGAAAAUACAAAUAUAACCGACGCAACGGUUAAAUCAAAAAAGCGACCAAAAUCUUCUUUUGCUGGUCACAAAAGAACAAAUCUAAAGGGACGAUUUAAACUUCAACGAUUUCGCAAGAAAACCGCUCGAACACCUUCGCUAUCUCCAAUUGAGUCGGUGGAGUGCGAUUCCGAGAGCGAGAUAAUAUACGUUAGCAAUAAUAAUAUUGGUCUCUCUCAGAAUGAACUUAACUUAAGGAAGUGGAAGGAGGGGUUCGAAAAAGAGACAGAGAAAAAUCAACUGCGCGAGAAAAUUCGGAUGGAGUUGGAACAUGACGUAGAUGAAGUCUACAGAUUGUUAAAGAAAGUUAAUUUACCGACUUUUGUUCGCGGCACUGUCAGUCAAAUUAACACUUGGGUUAAAUAGUGAUUGUGUUGAAAAUAAGAAAAAUAUAUUUUUUUAACAUGGAUUGAAGGGUUAUACUUUUUAUAGCAAGCAAUGUUUCAUUUUGCUGAAACGUAUUCACAUUUGAUUGAGAUAUGUCAUUAAAUACCAACCAUAUUA